AUGCGCCCGAAACUCACCAAGCGAGCUUGCGACGAAUGCAUUACCCGCAAAGUUAAAUGCAGCGGCGCCUGGCCCUGCGACACAUGCCGCAGCGCCCCAAAACAGGUGAAAUGUACAUACCUCAAACCGGCGCGUAGAAGAGGCCCCAAAGUUAGACGUCACACGGGCAAAAUCGAUUCUGUGAGCUCUGUUUCGGAGACGGAUGCUUCCGCUUCGUUGAAUGGGGGUGCUUCGAACGAUAGUCACGAUGGUCAUAAGACGAUUUCUCGGUCAGUUCUCGAAAGGGUGGUGCGUUGGUACCAGCAUUCAUCGUACAGUGUUUGGCCGGUGAUUGAUGCAGAGGUUCUUGUGUGGCGACUCGCAGGCGAUGGGGACCAUGACACUAAUAUUUAUUGCCUUGUUACGGCGCUUUGCGCGGCGACGAUGGCGCAAUUGCAGCUUCCGCCGUUGAUAGAUGAAGGACAGGUUGUCGACUGUGCGGUAAUGGCGAGUGAGUGCAUAAGGUUGCGUGAGAAGAGCAAUUAUAGAGAAAGUUUGGAUAUGAAGAGUAUCCUUGUUUCGUUUUUCCUGCAUGUGUAUCAUGCGAAGAUCAAUAAGCGGAAUUCAGCAAUGAUGUUCAUACAGGAGGCUAUCUCUGGAGCGAGACUUUUGAAGUUAGAUGAAGGUAACGUCACCUUUGUGUUUAGGUACGCGGGUAAAGUGGAUGUUGAUCUUCUUAGGGGCUAUGCAAUGCAUCUUGGGCUCUUACCAUCGUAUACGAGUCCGAUUCGCUUACCAGAAAGAAUAUAUUUAGCAGGCAAUGAGUAUGCUCAAGGCUUGCUGGAGCUAGCUAAGCUCUUCGCGGCUUUUGAUAGCAUCUCUCUCAAGCGGAGUACCAGCGCUUCGAACCCUGAUGCCAUCUCGGCCGAUUGCCUUACAGAGACGGAAGCGGCGUUGUCCAUGCUUUCGCUAGGAGAGGAUGGCAGGGCAACUGUCCGAAUGGCGGACUAUUGCAUUACCAAGGAAUGGAUGAGGACGAUCAUAUGGCAGGAAGCAUUGUCUCGACAGAUGUUAUCCUCCAAAGCGUACGCUAAGCUUCUUACAUUCAAGUUCCCAGCCUGUGUGAGUCGGGACCUCUUGCAUUCAUUACAGGGCUUCUCCGAGUCUGAUUUGUUGCCUCUGGGUCGUGAUCAGGUAUGUUAG